AUGGGUCGGAGCGCCGGCAGGGGAGGCAGCUCCUCGUUGCUCAUCCAGGCGCAGGCGUGCGAACGGAUAAAUUCUGUGGCGAGCUUGUCUCCGUCUUAUCGUUUGGGAUUUUCGGCGCCUCGCCCCCGCGGUAGUGGCCGAUUGCUGUUUUCUCUCGCCCCGUUUAUGCUCUCGCUCGCGAUUCUCCCUGUUGCCACUGCAUCCGUCUCGUCGGCGACACUCGAAAACACCUGCUCUGCCUACGGAGACUUGAGCAGGAGACUCAGCAGCUUCUUGGUCCCCCCGCGCGUCACGUGCCCUCGCAGCCUCGACACAUUGAACAGCAGAGAGGCACAAACUAGGGGGCAUCCAGAAGUGACCGAUUUCCGUUUCCUCGUGUACGACGUCAAAAACGGGGAAGGCUUUCAUCUUCAGAAAGAAGUUAUUUAUCGGGUUGCGCUCGUGGUCUCUAUGUUAAACGCUCGCUCGGCGCAGCAAGCAAGGAUGACGCAGCUGCAUGCAGAAGAAAGGGCGAGACAGGUUCAAAAUCACGCGCGGGUUCCCCUUUCUUGUGCUUCUCCUCCGCCGUCGUCGUCUUCGCGUCACGAGUGCGCUGCAUCCUCGACUUCACUGCUGUUCCCCGUCUGGGUGCUUGUUCUCCCUCCCUGGUGUCGUUUGGCACACUGGCGCUUUUCCGAGGAGGCUGUCAGAGAGUUGGACGGAAACCCGUGGCUGAGGCACGUUCCGUGGGGUGCCUUCUUUGAUUUCGAGCACUUGAGAGAGCGGAUCCCUGUGAUGGAGUAUGAGGACUUUUUGACCUAUCAACUGACGCGCCCAGACCCGUGGGGCGACAGACGGCAGAGAAAGGAAACACAGACGGCCCCGAUCCGUUCCGCCGUGGUGCCUGACGGGCGGCAAAGCGAUCGCGCACAGAGGGGCGAGGGAUCCCGGGGAAAGGUCGAACAAACAACAGGAGCGAGCGAGGAAGGAUACAGUCCAUCUGGCGACGUUGAGGCCUGGCGAGGAGUCUCUUUAUGGUUCGGAGGAUUCUGCGGGACUGUACGGACACUGGAAAUGUGGUGUGCUAAACUUUACAUGCCGGACGCAGAACGCGUGGCCGAUCUGUUGUGGCACUCCGUGGCAGAGCGCCCCUCUGGAGCUGUUCAAACGCUUGGUUUAAAGUUUGGGGAGAAUCUGCUGGUUCCCUGGCCGAAUGUGCUUCUGGACACACAUCUUCUCGAUAUGCUGUACGUGCACCCGAAACUGCGAGAAAUUGGAGACCUCUUCAUCCGCAGCUUACUCAGCAGCCGAGAGGUAGAAGACGCGAAUGAAGGGUACCGAGACAUUGCACGAUUUGGCGGAGAAAGAGGCGAAGUCACGGCGAAGGGUGGAUACAUCUCUGCGCACUUGAGGAGAACUGAUUUUCUGUAUUUGAAUCGCUCAGUAUCGUUGCAGAGGGCAGCAGAAUAUCUCGUCGGUAGAAUGCAGGAGCACGGCGUCUUCAAGGCGUUCAUAUGCACGGACGGGACCGAAGACGAGAAACGCGUGCUGCGAGAUGCAGUCGCCCAAGUGGGUGCUGCUGCGUCCUUUGCUACACCUUCCGUGUACACCGUAGUUUUCUUCGAAGUGUCAACAGUUAGAAGUCUGGUACGAGCAAAUCCACGAACAAGUAGUCACGUCGCACACAGUGGUUCAUUCCACGUCUCGAAAGGAGAGCCACGAGGCCGCAGCGGGGACUACACUUCUCUGCUCCUGCAUCCAGGCAUAACCGCACUAAUUGAAGUGUGGAUUGCCGCGCGAGCAGCCUAUUUCAUUGGAACCAAAGAUUCGCGUUUUUCUCAAGCCAUUCGUUGGGAGCGACACUUGAUGGGACACCCACACGAUUCAAGCUUGGAGGUCUUCUGCGUAGACAGGUCGUCGGACCAGACUGGCGACCGGGGGAGAGCGAAAUGCUUCGCGACGAAAAGCCAUGACCCGCCAGAAGGACGCAGUCGGAGUGAACUAAGGAGAAAAUACUGGCCAUCGUAG